AUGGCGAAAUCAAAUGUAUAUCUCAUCUCCAUACUAGUCAUCAUGGCCUCACUCUCUCCCCUUUCACACGGUCUUAUAAUUCCCGGCUACAACAUAACCAGAGUCGUGAUUGAGGGUGUCGCGUAUUGUAGGAUUAACGGACAGCCUAACCCUAUCUCGAAUGCCCUUGUUUUCGUAACAUGUGGCGGCUCAACCAUCACCCUCGCUGAAACAACGACUGAUCUCAACGGUGUCUUUACCAUAGUUCUCGACAUCGUCAGAACAGCUUUGUUUAGCACUAGUUUCUGCGGUCUCGGAUUUACUCUUCCGCCGGGAUAUACUUGUGGUAUUGUCGCACCGGACAGCAGCGUCACUACUACGUUAGGGUUUCUCAAAGCCGUCGGUGAUACCGCUUUUUAUGUCGCCCGCAUAUUUAUCUGA